ACUGUAGAUACGUCUGCUGUCCGUAAUAAUAAAUAAUGGGUCUAAGCCACAACUUUUGCUCGAAAAGUAGCAGUAAAAAAUUGUUGUCGCCUUCGUCGUCUCCAUCCGGAGAACAACAAAGUCGUCGCCACGCGUUUAAUCGGGGAGGAGCGAGCGACUCGUAAAAUGGGUGCCAAUAUAUCUCAGCUGGAAAGGGAUAUUGGCUCCGAUCAAUUUCCUCCCAAUGAGCAUUACUUUGGAUUAGUCAAUUUUGGAAAUACGUGUUAUAGCAACUCAGUUCUGCAAGCUUUGUACUUUUGUCGGCCCUUCAGAGAGAAAGUUUUAGAAUACAAAGCCAAGAAUAAACGUACCAAAGAAACUCUGUUAACAUGUCUGGCAGAUUUGUUUCACAGUAUAGCCACUCAAAAGAAAAAAGUCGGUUCAAUAGCACCAAAAAAAUUUAUAGCAAGAUUAAGGAAAGAAAAAGAGGAGUUUGACAACUACAUGCAACAGGAUGCUCAUGAAUUCCUUAAUUUUCUCAUCAAUCACAUAAAUGAAAUAAUCCUUGCUGAAAGAAAUCAAAGUAAACCAGGUGGAGGAAAAGGUAGCAACGAUGCUAGCACACCUCCAGAGCCUACUUGGGUACACGAAAUAUUCCAGGGCAUUUUGACUUCGGAAACUCGUUGCCUUAACUGUGAGACUGUAUCCAGCAAGGAUGAAGAUUUCUUUGAUUUACAGGUUGACGUUGAUCAAAAUACCUCCAUAACACAUUGCCUCAAGUGUUUUUCCAAUACAGAAACGCUUUGCAGUGACAACAAAUUUAAAUGUGAUCAUUGCAGCAGCUAUCAAGAGGCACAGAAACGAAUGAUGCUAAAAAAACUACCAAUGAUACUUGCUUUGCAUUUAAAAAGAUUCAAGUAUAUGGAACAGUACAAUAGGCACAUUAAAGUUUCACACAGGGUAGUUUUUCCUCUAGAACUUCGACUUUUUAACACGAGUGAUGAUGCUGUUAAUCCAGAUCGAUUGUAUGAUCUAGUUGCUGUAGUGAUUCAUUGUGGAAGUGGGCCUAAUAGAGGACAUUAUAUUUCAAUUGUCAAAAGCCAUGGCUUCUGGUUACUUUUUGAUGAUGACAUGGUUGAUAAAAUUGAUUCGUCAGCUAUAGAAGAUUUUUAUGGAUUGACAUCGGAUAUACAAAAAAACUCGGAAACUGGAUAUAUUUUAUUUUAUCAAUCAAGAGACUGCAGUUAGAACUUAUAUUUACGGAAGGAAUUUUUGUAAGUUAUAAAGCUCUGCUUCGUUGAUUAUCUGAGGCUUUAAAAAUUAUGAAGGAAUCGCGACUUUCACAGGAGCCAAGAUAAAUGAACAAGCAGUUGGAAUCAUACGUGAUACCUUUUUCGUUAGAUAUAUUUAUAAGCCGUACUAGGGAUGAAAUUUUAUUCAUUUUUUUACAAAUUGGAAAAGUUUCUAGAUUUCCAGUGUGAGGAUAUCCAAAAACUUAUAUCUCGCUUUUUUGACUUGUCAAAGAAUGACACUGUUCAAGAAAGUUUGAGUCCACUGCAUGUUUAGUAAAUUUCUUCUGAAAUUCCCCAUAAUUUUUUUUUUCACGUACAACAUGCAGUAAAUGAAUUUUUUCACCAAGCAAUGAAGUGAAAAAGUUUUCUUUGCUUUUGAGUGAAUCUUAGUUUUCACAAAGGAGAAGAAAUGCGUUCCUCUGUGAUCAAUGGGUAUGAAAGGUCGAGUAAUGCAACAGAGAGAAAGAGAGGGUGAGAUGAUCAAGUUGUGUAUAAACACGCUGUAGAUUCAUGUUGUUAUGUUUUAAAAUUCAGCACGUUCUGAUCAAGUUGUAUAAACUACAAAGUUUUGUUUCGCAUUUAAAAUGAUCAAACCAAUCAAAGGAAUUGGAAAACAAUUUUAGCCGCGAAACAAAUUAAAAAUUUUUUGCGUAUUUUUUGUUGCAUCAAUAAAAAUAUUGUAGAUAUGUAAUUGUAAGCACAAUCGAAAUCAAUUUAUUAAAGUUAAAUAUUUUUGCUUUAAUUUUUUAU